GUCGGCUGCGGAUCCAAAGAAAACAGAAGUAUUAGGGGAGGUUAGAGUGAAGAGCGGCGCGAGAAAGGAUGGAGGCGGCGGAGACCGAGGCAGAGGCUGCAGCCUUAGAUGACGGCUCCAGCUCCUAACAAGGAAGAACUUGGAGAGCCUAGACCUAGACAUCCAGCACCCUGUCCUGAUCCCCUCCCCAGGUCCCUGGCCAAGCUGGCAGACAUCCUGGAGUCUAUAGGCCCGCAGGAGGAGGCAGAACUGCCAGCCCAGAUCCUGGCUGAGUUUGUGAUGGACUCCCGAAAGAAAGACAAGCUGCUGUGCAGCCAGCUUCAGGUAGUAGACUUCCUGCAGAACUUCUUGGCUCAGGAGGACACUGCCCAUGGCCUGAACCCCUUGGCCUCUGAAGACACGAGCCGACAGAAGGCAAUUGCAACCAAGGAGCAAUGGAAGGAGCUGAAAGCUACCUACCAAGAACACGUGGAGGCCAUCACAAGUGCCCUGAACCAGGCCUUGCCCAAGAUGCAGGAGGCCCAAAGGAAGCGGGCGCAGCUCCAGGAUGCCCUUGAACAGCUCCAGGCCAAGAAGCAAGCGGCAAUGGAGAAACGCAGAACAGCCCAGAAACAGUGGCAGCUGCAACAGGAGAAGCAUCUGCAGCAUUUGGCAGAAGUUUCUGCAGAGGUGAGGGAGUGUCAGAUAGGAACUAAACAGGAGUUUGAGCAGCUAUAUCAAGAACUUGCAUCCCUGAAGCAGCAAACAGGGCAGGAGCAGGACAAGCUGCAGAGGCACCAGACCUUCCUUCAGCUACUAUACACCCUGCAGGGGGAGCUGCUAUCCCCAGAGGCAGAGGCAGAGCUGCCACAAGAGCAGGAUCUUCCUGAGGAUAAGCCCCAGCAGCUGACCCGGCCCCAGGAGCUGAACACUGGGGACUGUAUAGGGGCCUCCAAGGUGAAUGAGGGAUGGGACAGAUGGGCAGGGAGAUGGAGAGAGAUUCUGGGAGAUGGGCCUUACCCACUGCCCAAACCAUGUCUCCCCAAGGCCGGCUGCCCCCAGCCUGCUGGUCACGCAAGCAUGCUGUGGCUUCCUGGGGGACAGCAACAUAGGGAAGGAUCCUAAAUCAGGUCACAUUCCAAUUCAGGGCCUUGUGUUUCUGGACUACAGGUAUGGAAGGAGGGAAGGCCUCUGGUCUACCUGUCCCUGUCUAUGAGCUCCACUGCUCACAGGGUCAUGGGAAGUGGGAGGAGCAAGGAGUUGAUCUUAUUGUGAAAGCGAGGCACAUCAUCCCCAUGCCGAGUAACCCCUCUCUUCCUCUU